CAUGGAAACACCGCGUCUCUCCUUGUGAUUUGUACCCUCUAUAAAGCCUUGCCUUUGUCUUCCGAGGAACCAUCAUAACAUAUAGGUUAGCAUGGAAGAAGGCGAUUGCAAUACUAGCCUUUCCCUCGCGAUAGGUGGUGGCAGACAGUUCACGCCAAGCACAAGUCUUCAGGUCCUAUUCCCGCAUCAUCCGAAAGAAGAAGAAGAAGAAGAAGAUACGCACCGACAUGUAGGCAGCGUAUCGAGAUGGAAGGAGCUCGAUGAGGAGGAGGAGGAGGAGGAGGAUGGUGUCAGCGGUAAGGAUGACAGCAGCAACCUGAGCGACGACAAACCAGUCGGCACAAGAAAGAAGCUGAAGCUCACGAUCGAACAAGUGAGGUUGCUCGAAGAUAGCUUCAGACAGCGCAGCACCCUUAAUACGAUGCAGAAGCAAGAUUUGGCGCACCGGCUAAAUAUACGGCCACGACAAGUGGAAGUCUGGUUCCAGAAUAGAAGAGCCAGGACGAAGUUAAAGCGGAUCGAGCUGGAUUACGAGUGCCUCAGGAUGCACUGCGACAGACUGAUUGACGAGAACCGGAGGCUAAAGAAGGAGCUGCAGGAGCUGCGGUCUGCGACUCCGGCGUCGCCGUUCUACGUGCAACUUCUCGAGGCAGCAACGCUGAUCAUGUGCCCCGCCUGCGAGAGGAUCGCGGCCGCCGGAAAGAGAAAGAGCAGUGCCUUGGAGGACGGCAUGAAGAGGCCGCCGCAGCUGGUGCCUGUAAAUACUGCCCUACUCCGUCUGCAAAACUAGCUUGUUGUCGUGUGAAUUAGAAGAUGGAUGUUGAAGUAGGGUUGCAUCAGAAAGCAAAAUACAUGUACUUUGGAAUUCAUCUGUUUGAUCCAACUUUUGUACACAUAUUUUGUUCCCAGUCGAUUGGGAAUUUAGAUUUGAUCUA